UCGACAGAAUUGACAAACGUUUGUCUUGACACUGAUGCUUUAACAGAGUUGAAGGCGAAGUUGGAAAAAGCUGUUUGUUGGACCAGUAAAUAUGAGACUUCCUGGAGUCCGGAAUUUUCCCGCUCAGUUGAUGAACUGUUAAUGGCAGCUUGCGAUGAAAUGAGCCGUUUGAUCGAAGCUGGAAACCGGAGCACGGCUGACGAGAUUGUAAGAAUGAUUUUAAGGCUGCGAUUUGCUUGGGGUAGCGAAGUGUUUGAAUAUCUUAAUAUCAAGUCUUUUCCACGAGAAAGAAUCGAAACAAAAACGGCUGUCAUCCUAGCUGAGCAAUAUUUUGAACCCGAUAAAAUCUACAAAACUGACAAUCGAAUUUGUCGAUUGUAUGCGUUCAAAAUUAGAGACGCAGAAACCAAAGUACCUGUGUUUACAUACUACCUGGAAUGUAGCACUAUUCUACAGAAGUUUUAUGUACUUUGUUUAGAAUGUUCUGAAGGGCAUCUACAAAUAACAAGAUACGGAAGCAUCUGCCCGUCGUAUUGGACAGUUAGAGAAGGCAUGCUGGGCGAUUUUGGUCAUAAGGAACAAAACGCUCUCGCAAAAUGCCGCGACCCUAGCUAUGAACAAACUGAGUGAUUUCAACACAAAAUUUUAACUUCAUUAAUAAUGUAAAACAUUUUACCACAUAUUUCUGUUACAUAAAACAAGCAAACAAACACAAAAACAGCGGCUCUGGUAAUAUAUAAGCAUCAGACGCCAACAACAGCAACAAUUCAGUGCGCGUAAAAUUCCGAAAAUAAGCCCCGGGGCUUAUAUUUUUCAAAUGACCUUUUAAAUAAUGAAAGGUUUAUUUUUGGAGGGGCUUAUAUCAGCUUAUUUCCGGAGGGGCUUAUAUACCGAGUGAAAUUUGCGUUUCAAAAUCGGCUAGGCUUAUACUGGGAGGGAGAUAUGCGUCUCAAAACCCAUGGGCCAGCUUAUGACAGCUUAUAGCUGGAAGGAAGUUUAUGUGAUUAUGUCAGUAAUUUGCAGCAAGUUUUAACUGAAACUCGUCAUGAGGGCGUAGAUCUUUCUUAAACUCCGCCAUGUAAGUACUUUAUCUAUACUGGACCGAGGAAAUCCCGGGGAAAUCCAAGCCACUUUUAGACUGCCAUCAUUUAUUUAGCGCACGUAGAAGUUCGUUGGAAAACGCAGAAAUUUAUGAGUUACUGUACAGUUUUUCUGUAUUUUAUUUUUAAAAUAUUCUUAAAAUUUCGCAAAUUUCAGCCUCGAUAUUCUUAUAAAAUAUAUUCUUAUAUAAAAAAAAGAGUGUACGAGUUUGGGCGGCUUAUAUUUGGAGAGGCUUAUUUUCGGGAUUUUACGGUAUUCUUAUAAAGAGCGUAGAAGGAUUUUCUUUUUUUAAGACGAGUGAAAAUGUCGUUUUCCGAUAUCAUUUAAUUUUUUUGAUUCGAGGUUCCUUAUUUUAUGCGACAAGUCACCAUUUGCAUGUUGGCGUCAUUUUACUACUAUGACUAGAAUCCCUUUCGUUUUUCUUUCAUAUUUAAAUUUGGUAAUCCUAUAACAGAAGCCCAAAUUUGCACAAGAAAGCAAAACCCUGAAGGAUUCUGGUCGUAAUGAUGAAAUGACGUCAUCGUGCAAACGACCUAUGGCUGUCACUUGGAUUCUGGAUUCCAGGUAAUAGAUUCUGGAUUCCUUUUCAGUGGAACUUAAAUUCCAGAUUCCAAUCGUUAGGGGAAUUAUGGAUCUCUUGGGCUGGAUUUCGGAUUCCAAAGCUCAGGAUUCCGGAUUCCAAAAGCAAAUCUUUGAUUCCCCCGGAUUCCGGAUAACCUUUAAGUGGUGCCUUACUGGCCCUGACUAAAAUUCUGUAAAUCUUCAUUGGUGACUCGUAAAUGUACAAAUUGGUGUGUGCUGUUGUCUCCUCCCCACCGGGUCCACAGUCUAGCGCUCGCUAUCGCUAAUCUGGGGAUGUUGAAGCGUUGUUUAGAAGAGCAAGAGCCAAAGGAUAGGGGGACGGGGGACAGCGGGGGUUUUAUUUGUAAAUGGGGCUUAUCAUCCUCCGUUUGCGCUUUGAACUUUCUCAUCCCGCGCCCCGCGACUGUCUUCAGCAUCCCACUUUUUAUUCGCCACUUCAAAAACUCAUUAAUACUCAUAAAGAAAAAACAAAAGGAAUUACAGUCAACUCCCUUUAUAGCGGACACUGUAGGGACCUCGAGGUGGUGUCCUCAUUAGCGAGAGUCCGUAAUAGCGGGAGUUUAUUUCAGUCAAACGUCUGCAACUUGUUUUUGCCGGGGAUUUAGUUGCUGUCCGUAUUAUCGGGGUGUCCGCAAGGCGAGAGUUGACUGUAAUGGGGUGUCUUUAUAUCUGAUAAAGCCACGGCUAAACUUACGUCCAAUUUUUAAGACCAAAAAAACCUCAAAUCUAAAUUUUAGUGCAAGAAUGAGUUGAUCUAUAUCAGAGAUUUUAAAGCCGUUCAAAAAACUGGCAGUCGUGUAUUAUCAGGAUUAAAAAUUCUCGGUUUCGCCUCGAGUUUUUAAACCUGAUAAUACACUCCUACUCGUUGUUUGAACAGUAAUUUUCCAUUGCCCAUAAUACACAUUUUUUUAUUACCCACCGCCCCCCGCCCGCCACCAACUUUUGCAUAAACAUUAUUUUCGUUUUCUCUUUCUUAUGCAAAAUUUUAGGGGUAUAUAAGGUGUAUAAGGAUUUGGGCUUGGAACUACCGGUAGUAAGCCUGUGAAUUAGGUAGGGUUUUGGGUUGACAUUUCGUCGCCUUCGUCGCCUAUAAAGUAAGCCCACAGUCAAACGUGCGGCGAGACAGGCGCUUGCUUGUCACGCCCUGUGUCACGCACUAAAUGCCUAUUAUUUAAAAAAAAUGGAAGAAGCUCUCUAAUCCUGUCAUUCAUAUCUGUCAGAGCCGCCUAAGCACAAGAUUAGAUUUAAUCCAAGAUAAUAAUUUCAAGUUUCCAUCAACUCGUCACAAAACCCACGAGGAAUGAGAAUGGGCAUAUGUUGAGUGCGGUCGCGUACCUGUUGUGACAUCAAUUGUUGAACCCACGCAAACACCAAUAACAAUUUGACCGGUGGUAAUCAAAUUAGUAAUAUAUUCAAUCCAGCAUGUUUCUUUUACUCUUCACUUUAUUUGAGCUUGAGAUUCUUAAACAAAAGUGCUUCAUCUAAUCAAAAUCGCCCGGUUUGGUGCGUGAAUGCUUUGUCGGCGUUUUUAACUAAUUUUAUGAUGAGUGUUUGUUGUUGUUGUUUUAGUUAUCCAGCAUAUAACCAGUAAAAGUAAUAUGUACUGAUGAAUAAUAUAAAUUGGAUAAAUAGAAAAUAAUUUCUCCAUUAUUGUCUCUUAUUUUAGCUGCUUAAACAAGAAAAAUACUUUGAGUGCUUUGAAGACGUGACAUGCAUAAUUAUCAUAAUUUCCGGUUGGCAAAGGGUUUCAUUGACUCCUUUUGUACUUUGGUCUUUAAGGGAAAAAAAAUCUCCCAGGUACAGGUACAUGGCGCACGGAUAAAUUUAGCCUGCAUUUUCGGUAGUCACUUCGCAUUCCCCUGAGGUUAGUAGAGAUAGUUCAUGCGCUAAUCGCAGCAAAAUGCACUGGGAAACUUGUGAACUACUGCCUAAAUUGUGAGUCAGUUUUGAGCAAGUUGUCAAUGCAGAAGUAUUGUUGCUGUGUACGCUAUGGGACACUGCUGCUCUUGCGUAUGUCAGAACAGAAAUGUCUUCUCAGAAAAGAUCAAGACGGUAAACUCGAUUCGCGACGACUGGAUUUACGUUGACUUCGAUUCUGAAAUAACCGAGUUCGACGAAGAAGACGAUGCCACGUUCAUGCGUGAUGAGUCACUCGACGAGCUUCUGUCGGAGUUUGAAGAUGCGCUCUUCUGGCCAAAGAGGGACAAGUGCUUCCCGAGCUCGGCGUCUGUGGAUUCCAUGAACACGCUGUUUCGCAAGGCAGCUACUGAGAUGUCACGGCUAGCAGGGGACGGGAAAUACAACGAGGCGGACGAAGUUGCGGACGCUUUAUUAGAACUCGUGGAUGUAUGGGGAGACGGUGUGUUCAAAACUUUGAAUAUGAACUUCUUCACAAGAGAGGAAAUUUCACUUGGCAGGUUUGUCGCAAGGGUUGGGCAAUACUUGAAGCCAGAACCACUGCAGGAAAAUGACGACGACUUGACCGUGAAACUGUAUUUCUUUAUCGUCUACGACACUGAUCUUGAAAAAUAUGUCUGCACAUAUCACCUAGAAUACCGUGACUUUGACGGAAUGGCGGACGCUGUCUAUUUACUCAAACUUCGGUCACGCAAAGGUAAAUGUAAGAUUGCGGCGUAUGGCAACACCUGUCCUUCAUACUGGAAAAUCAGAGAGGAUGUUUUGAAAGAUUUCGUGAAGAGAAAACGCUCAUUCAUUUCUUGCUAG